AUGAACUCUACCCGUGAAGGGCCCAAUCCUCUACGCCCGUACUAUAUCCCUCCGUCUUUUGGCCUUGAAGCUUCCAACGCCUCCUCGUCUUCACAUACCGCCGCUCCGUCUUCCGCACAGGUCUUCGGAAGCUCCGCUCGCGACCUGCUACCGGAUCUUGACUAUUCAGAGUACUUGGAGAGCUCUCCCUCGCUAUCAGAAUGGAUUCGAGAUGCAAUGGAUGCUGCGAUUUGGCGCUACACCAGUGUGCUGACUGCCCAGCCAUUUGACGUCGCCAAAACCAUCCUACAGGCGUAUGUGGUGCCCGACUCGCAAGAUGGGCAACGGCCUGCGGAUGAACGCAGGAGGUCAGGUCGGAUGGACUCGUUCGAUGAAAGUGAUGAAGACUCCCAAACUUCAGAUGACGAGAGCAGUUACUUUACCUCUGCAGCUCCCAUGGCCACAUCGCCAACAGCUGGACGGAGCCGAAAGUCUCGACGCCAUAUCACAGACCGCAGCGGCUAUAUACCAUCUCCACCGUCCUCGCCCAAGUGUAGUCUUGCAAUCAAGAGCCCCUCCUCGUUGAUGGAGGUCCUAUCACAGCUGUGGACCACCAGUGGCCCAACUUCGCCAUGGAAAGCGACCAACGCGACUUUUAUCUACUCUCUACUCCUUCCGACGUUGAACACCUUUAUACGCAGUCUCUUAUCUGCCAUUGUGGGAUUACCAGAAGAGGAUAUUGCGUCAUCCAUGACAGCCGAUAUUCUGACAUCGACAUCACCCUUUGCAACUUUGGUGCUCUCCUUUAUUUCUUCGUCACUAUCCGCCAUGCUGUUGUCCCCGAUUGACACCGCUCGCACCUUCCUCAUCCUCACCCCAGCGACUCAUGGGCCGCGCUCGCUCCUCCGAGCGAUUCGACAGCUCCCCACUCCCAACUGCAUGAUCCCUUCUCACCUGAUUCCUAUCACUAUCCUGCACUCGAGUCUACCGAAUUUUAUCACAACUACCACACCGCUGUUUUUCAAGUCCUACCUAUCGAUUGACCCAGUUUUGAAUCCCUCCAUGUGGAGCCUUCUUGCUUUCCUGGGGUCCGGCCUGGAGCUUGCUGUUCGAUUUCCGMUGGAAACUGUCCUGCGUCGUGCACAGAUUGCCACGUACACAUCACCCAGUAUCCGGCAGAAGUAUGCCGCCACCUCUCGUUCGAGCAAGUCCGCUGCCACUGAGGAGACAUCUGUGGUCGAGACCAUUGUUCCCGUUCCUCAGACCUACCGUGGCAUUGUAGGAACGAUGUGGGGCAUAGUCUAUGAGGAGGGUGUCAGCGCGCCCUCUUCCGAUGCAGAGCGGGCUCUCGGGAAGCCCAUUUCUUUCAAGAAACGCCAGGGACAAGGCAUCGGCGGCCUGUAUCGGGGCUGGAGAAUCGGUAUGUGGGGUAUCGCCGGUAUUUGGGGCGCCGGCCUGUUAGGCUCCAUCGGAGGCGGAGGGGAUGAGGAAGUGAUGGUUAGUGGUGGUCGUUUCUGA